CAAAUGGAUUUCCUUCCGUUAUUGCGUCUGAUUGAGCCUUUCCGCUGACGAUAGCAACACCAACUUAACAGUCAAGGUGCAAGCAAUGGAUUCCACGACUCCGCGAGGUGCAAAGGACAGCGGAGUCCGUGCUCGCAUCCUUUGCUUGCACGGCAGCCGACAGGAUGGAGAGCUCUUUUCACAACGAUUGAGGAACCUUACUCGAAAACUGGCAGGCGUUGCGGACCUACACUUUGCUAGCGCACCCCAUGAGCUGCCGUUGUCGGAGGGUCAAAGCGUGGCCAUGCGAACCUGGUGGCGCCAUUGGAACUUGCCGCAGCAGGAUCCAACCGUUUUGGAUCCGGAUUCAGAUGGCAUGAGUGCUGCUCACCCCGACCAGCAAACCCGGGAAAGGGGAAAAGCAGCAGCAGCGGCGAUGGCAGUAACAGCAGCGUCCACAGCAGCAACAACGGCACCGUUGCCACCCGACGGUUGGGACGAGCAGAUCGUGCGGGACUGGAAGGCAUCAUUCCAGCUGCUUGUCGCCGAGUGGCGGCGCGCCGGCCCCUUCGACGGCCUCCUAGGCUUCUCCAACGGCGCAGCGGCGGCACUGCUGCUGGCAUGUUAUGCACACGCUGACCCGGCCUCCCUUCCUGGCCUCAAGUUCGUUAUCCUAGCCGGCGGUUACGUACCGCAGCCCCUGGAGCGGUUAAUCCCAACCGGCAUGACAACAACAACAACAACCUUCCCACAGAAGCGAAGCGCAGACAGGAACAGCAGCAACAGCGCCAGCAGCAGUAGCAGCACCCCCCAUGACGCCAUCAUCAACCGCUUAGCAAAGGAGUUGCCGUACAUGUCGUUGCACUUCUGCAGCGCCGCUGACGUGGCAGUGCCGUACGCUGAUUCCUUGGAACUAGCGGCUUGCUUCCAAGUGGGCUGCCGUACGAUUUUGGAACAUGAUUUGGGGCACUGCUUGCCGCAAAAGGCCCCACACACCGCUGCGGUUUUGGAUUUCGUACGGCAAGCUUGCAGCAGCAGCGCUCCUAGUUGUGGUGGUGGUGGUAGCAGUGGCGGUGAGGGACGGAGCAAUGCUGCUGGUGCUAGCAGGCGGGAGGCACGAGGUGAAGGCGGGGCCAGCGGAGGCCGUGGAGGAGGCGGGGGCAGAGGAGGACGAGGAGAUGCUAGGGACCCUGUUGCGGCGGCGCUGUCCGGCAUUGUACCGCCUUCUUCCCUCGCGGUUAGUAAGGGGACGGGGACAGGGGCGGCGGGAGCGGCGGUUGGGCAGCAGCAUGGCUUAACUUCGGGGGGCUCCAGUGCUUCGUCCAGACAGCCGCACCAGCAGCAACGUCAGCAGCAGCAACCCCCACCUCGCCAACCGCAAGAGCACCCGCAGCCGCAGCAGCGGCAAGGCGGCCAGCUUCCAAGCGCUCCCGCGCCUCGAGCCCCACUGAUAGUGGGAGGAGGAGGUGGUAUGGGUAGCGGCACCAGCAGCAACAGGACUUCUGCCCCCACCACCACCGCCACCAGCCCGGCGGCAGCAGCGACGUCGCGAGGCGGCCGCAGCGGUCGCGAUGGCGGCGGUGGUGGAGGCAGCAGCGGCAGCAACAGCAGCAGCUGCAAACCCUCGGCGGCGGCUGCGGCGCCAGCGCCGAGCCCCAAGGCCCCCUCGUCAUCCUCAUCGCCAGCCACAGCCAGCCGCAACGGUGCUGCUUCCGGAGCAGCAGCAGCCGCAGCCACUGCCGCCGCCACCAGUGCUGCUGCUACUCCCACCGCCGCCGCUACACCUGCCACCGCGGGAGGGGCUCCAGGCAAAGGAGCUCCUAC